CCGAUUCCGCCGCCAGGUGUGCGACGAUCAGCUGGUCGGGACGUAAACAUCGACUCCUCCAACAGUCAGAGCAAAGGCAGUGAACACCACCCUUGCGCUACAAUUACUAGUGUCCACCUCAUACAUGUCACAGGGAAAGCAAAAUGGACCGGAAAGUGAUGGAGUCCAUGCUGAACAAGCUCCGCUCUACAGUCAGCAGCGCGGCCAACAGCGCAGUUUCAAAUGCUGUACAGAUUGCUUCACAGGUGUCCAAUUAUCUUCCUGGAAACCCUGUGACGAGAGAGUUUGAAGCCACUCAGCACAUUGCCUCUGCUGGACCUGGCUUGGUUUGGAAGAUAUACAAGGGUUACAAGAAGUCCACAAAGCAGGAUGCUGCCAUAUUUCUGUUUGAGAAGCGUCAGUUGGACAAGUGGGAUAAACAGGAGAGGGAGGCCAUGCUGGAUAAGCUGAGAAAAGGCGUCUCUCAGUUAACGAGGCUGAGACAUCCCCAAGUCUUAACAGUCCAGCAUCCUCUUGAAGAAUCAAGGGAAACAUUAGCUUUUGCAACAGAGCCUGUGUUUGCAUCGCUGGCCAAUGUCCUUGGUCAGACUGAGAAUAUGCCUGUUCCCACACCACAAAUAUUCAAGGAUUACAAGCUGUAUGAUGUUGAAAUCAAAUAUGGUCUUGUGCAGGUCAGUGAAGGUCUGGCAUUUCUUCACAAUUCAGUCAAAACUGUCCAUCGUAACAUCUGCCCUGAAAACAUUGUGUUGAAUCAUCAAGGUGCUUGGAAGCUCUUUGGAUUUGACUUCUGUGUGGCUAAUCAGGCUACUGCAGACCAGCCUCCCUUCUGGCCCUUCGAGGAGUAUGACUCACGGCGGCACCCCAACUGCCAGCCCCACCUGGACUAUCUGGCCCCUGAGUAUGCCCUCACACACACCCUUGACACGGCUGCUGACCUCUUCCCCCUUGGUGUCUUAACCUAUGCUCUCUUCAAUGAAGGUCGUCCAAUUUUCCACAACAACCAGGACUUCGGUACCUUCAAGAGGAACUGUUGUGAAUAUAAAAAUCCGAACAGCCUAAAGCUACAGUCAGUACCAGAUGGUAUAAGAGACCAAGUACGCCUCUUACUCCAUGCCACCCCACAACUUCGACCAGAUGCAUUGCAGUUAUCAAAGGUGCCAUACUUUGAUGAUGUUGGUGUGAAGACACUGAGUUACCUGGAUCAGAUGUUUCAGUGGGAUAACAUGCAGAAGUCACAGUUUUACAAGAGUUUGCCGCAAAUCAUACCCCAGCUGCCCCACAGAGUGUGUGUGCUAAGAAUUGUACCAAGCUUGGUGAAGGAAUGUAUUAACUCAACCAUGGUACCAUUUGUACUUCCUGUUAUCCUAUUGGUUGCUGAACGAGCCACAAAAGAGGAGUUUGUGGAACACAUUUUACCACAUUUGAAGCCUAUAAUGAAGCUCACAGAGCCUGUCCAGGUCAUGUUACAACUAAUGCAAAAGAUGGAACUGCUCCUGGGAAAAACUCCUGCAGAGGAUGUUAGAAGCGAUGCCCUGCCACUCCUGUACCGUGCUCUGGAGUGUGAUACUCAACAGAUUCAGGAACUGUGCUUGAGUGUUAUUCCUACCUGUGCACAUCUGGUGGAAAACCAUGCCAUGAAGAAUGCUCUCCUGCCUAGAAUCAAGAAGCUUUGUCUCGGAACAGGCUAUCUGUCGGUUCGUGUAAACUGCCUUGUAUGUGUGGGCAAGAUCCUGGAGCACCUCGACAGAUGGUUGGUCAUGGAUGAUAUCUUCCCAUUCUUGGAGCAAAUACCAUCAAGAGAAGCACCAGUGGUUAUGGCCAUUGUGGGAAUUUUCAAAGUAGCCCUAAACCACAAGAAGCUUGGCAUAUCCAAGGAAAUCCUCGCAACCAGAGUCCUGCCUUUCCUCUUCCCCUUAAGCAUUGAGAACUCACUCACCCCAACCCAACAUUCUGCGAUCAUGGUCCUCAUUAAGGAUAUGACAGAAAGAGUGGAGUCUGAACACAGAACUAAAUUAGAACAGCUAAACUCCAUAAAGGAUGAGCAAAAGUAA